AUGAGACGCCGCUGGUCUAACAACGGAGGAUUCCCGUUGCGUAUGCUCGAAGAGAGCUCGUCGGAAGUCACCUCGUCGUCGGCUUUGGGUUUAUCCGCCGCCAUGGUGAUGUCCCCGGAAUCGCUGGCCUCGCCCGAGUACGGGCUAGAGCUGUGGGGCUACGACGAUGGAAUCACAUAUAACACUACUCAAUCGCUGCUCGGCACGCAUUGCACUAUGCAGCAGCAACAGCAGCCGACGCAGCCGCUGCCGUCCAUGCCGCUGCCGAUGUUGCCGACCACACCUAAAUCGGAGAACGAAUCUAUCUCAUCGGGUUAG